AUGGACCUCACGUGCUCUGCCAAGGGCGAAGCCAAGGAACCAAGCCACACCCAAACGCCGCUGCCUUCUGCUCUGUUGACGUCGAUUCCUCGUCUCGGAAUUCUACUUUUCUUUGUCAAUCAACAACAUUAUGGCUUUUUGUCUUACAUUUGGCACGCAUGGCCGGAACUGGAAUGGACAUUGCAUCACCCGCUGCCUUUGAUCCCUCUUUCCACCCAUAAAUACAAGGAGGUGAUGUGCUACACCUGUCGUUUCUCACAGGAUCUUCGUGAUCGACCUGAUAUCACACCUGACACACGGCCACCUCCGACGCCAACUUAUCCAUGGGCACCUCCGGGACCGCACCCACCCCCACAAGCUCAUGGCGCUGCUGGACCCCAGCCUGAAACUCAGAAAGGCCAACCGGCACCACCACCACAGCAACAAGGCCCAACUGAUUACAAGUGA